AUGGGUGCUGAAACAAUGCGCGGCUUAACGAAGGUCCUUCUCUCGUGCCCCAACCUAACGAGGAUUCCCAAAAUCCAUGUGUGGUUUCCCCAGGGUGGAUGCUACAGCUACGGCCCAACAUUUGAAGAAGGGCCUUACACGGGGUUUUAUUUCCCAGAUGGCGAGAUGCUGAAGCCGCUUGAAGAGCUAGGUAUAGGGAUGUAUCCUUGGGGAAGGGAGGGAGCUCGAUGGCCCCGGGGAUAUCGUCUCAAGGGUCUCGAACAAGACUACUGGGUCAAAAACUUCAACUGGUCGCAGCUGACACGCUUGAACGGGUGCCUUGAGCCUGAAAUGUCUCGGGCAUUCCCAAUGUUGACCAACCUUAGAGAAAUAGAUCUGACAGAUUAUUGGAACUAUGAGCUCGCCCGAGAGUUUCUACGCGCCAUCACAUCACCGCUGGAACAAAUGAUUCUUCCAAGUUGGGAAAGCAUAGGUUCUAACCCAGAACCAAUCAGCCGUUUUGGUGAAACACUAAGGGAACUGGAGAUUGGCGGCCUGGGAGCGUCAGCCAUGGCGGCCCUUGAUCUCGCCCAGCUUUCCAAGGACCUGCCCCAUCUUGAACGCUUAGCAAUCCACCUCGAAUGGAAUCGAGACAAGGAGGACUGGCCAGUCGGUCACUUGAAAGCCAUUGCUGCGCUUCCUCGCCUCCGUAAUGCCGAGUUGUGGUUUCGACUAAUCCGUGGCCGGCCCCCGCAUCUCACAUACUCAGUAGCGAAUCGAGUAUUCUGCUAUCUGAAAGAUCGCAAUGGCGGAUUGCAGCGCCUGACUCUCCACUCGGGUGUACCGACGCCGAAUAGGGUUGAUCCUUUCUCCCCAGAUUUCGACGUAACACCCUCCUGGUCCAUGCGUAACUCGGUUACCUUCGAAUGUGAAAUGGCUCACGAUCAUGACCCUCACACGGAAGACGGACAGAGGUGCAAAGCCAGUAUCUGGUGCAGAGAACUGAGUGUUGAGAUGAACGCAAAACUCCGCCAGCUCGACCAAAAGGCUAAUCGGAAGAAGCCGAACGUCAAAACUCUUGAUCCAGCCGGGGUGCUUCUGCGAGCCGCAUUGGACGGUCCCCUUGAUUCAGCAGAAUGGCGGGCUUGGCGGAGGGAGCAACUGAGGUUGUACGGGCCGUUGCCUGGUAGCGUGGAUGAGUUUGCCAAGGAAAUCGAAGACUACUGGGCGCGGCUGAAUUCUCCCUUUUCUUUCAAAUUGCUCUUCAAGGAGCUGCGUGAGUAUGCGAAAGAAGAAUAUGCCCGCGCCUUUGGGAAGAGUCGAGUGGAAAAGUAG